ACGUGCGGGGAGCAGGGAUCUCUUCCUGCGCGUUCCUCCACCAUAUCGCUGCCAGAGUCCAGAAAAGAAGUCUGUGACAAUGCUCAUCGCGCAAUCGACACGAAAAAACGACACGGCGGUGAUAGAGCAUUUUCAACGGCAAGGUUUCAUAGCUGUGCGAGGUAGACGCCGGCAGGAGCUGACAAAAGUCGCCGAUUGGUGGUCGCGCCGUACGCAGCUUGCUAUAAUUCUUGAUCGCGUGUACAAGAUAUUACAUUAAUCACCAUCCUCGAAACCCCAUCCUCUAAAAUCCCCCAAACGAGAAUUCCCGCCUCACUAAAAGGUUGUGAUCUUUUUGGACACUCGGCUAUUAUUUGUUAGGAUAUCUGAAGUUUGGUUGAGAUUCCUAGAUUCUAGGCCAAUGGCAUCAUCGUCAGACUCAUGGAUGAAGGAAUAUAAUGAAGCCGUGAAACUUGCUGAUGAUAUCAGUGGCAUGAUUUCUGAAUGGAGUUCAUUUCCUUCAUCAGGACCUGAAACCCAGCGACAUGCAUCUGCGAUAAGAAGGAAGAUAACUAUAUUAGGGACCAGACUUGAUAGCUUGCAAUCCCUUUUGUCAAAGCUUCCUGGGAAACAGCCUAUAUCUGACAAGGAGCUGAAUCGGCGUAAGGACAUGAUUGCAAAUUUGAGGUCAAAAGUUAACCAAAUGGCAUCAACGUUGAAUAUGUCUAACUUUGCAAACAGGGAUAGUUUGCUUGGACCAGAUAUAAAACCAGCUGAUCCCAUGAGCAGAACAGUUGGCUUGGAUAAUGGUGGACUUGUUGGACUUCAACGGCAAAUUAUGAGAGAGCAAGAUGAGGGCAUUGAGAAAUUGGAGCAGACUGUAACUAGUACAAAACAUAUUGCGUUGGCUGUAAAUGAAGAACUGGAUUUACACACUAGACUCAUUGAUGACUUGGACUUGCAUGUAGAUGUUACGGAUUCUCGGCUGCGGAGGGUGCAGAAGAACUUGGCAAUUUUGAAUAAGCGUACCAAGGGUGGUUGCUCUUGCUUGUGUCUGCUUUUAUCAGUUGUUGGUAUAGUGGUUUUGGUUGCUGUUAUAUUUUUGUUGAUCAAAGUUUUGUAAUGACAGUGAUUCGAGAACUCGAUUGUCCUCUCUUCACACCUGUGUAUCUUGUUGUGAGUUAUUAUACCGUGUAACUGGGUUUCUUGACUUUGUUGUGGGUGAUUUGUCACCGACUUGGAAGUUGUUGUAAGAUAACUAUAUGCGACUGGCAGAUUCUGUGUGUGUGUGUGUGUGUGUGUUCUUGUCUUUUUUGUAAUUGCAUGAAUGUUAAGCUUGCUCUUGAUCA